AUGAUUAUAGCUUUAGAAGAGGUUAUCAGGCAUAUUGAAAGCAACUAUGGGGAAAUAUUAACCUUGUCAGAAAUUGAUAAUAGUUAUAAAGACAAGGUAAUAGCAAAAGCUACAAUAGGAUUUCAGCAAAGUAAAGAUGGUUCCACAGAGUUCUAUGAAAAGAAAGUGGUAAAUCUGGAGAUAAACCAAAACGGUUUUCGAGUUUUGGAAAGAGAGUGUUCAAAUUUCUACGAAACUAUUGAGGGAUUUUUGCAUUCAGAGGUUCCAGAAACAUGGAUUAGAUAUUUCGAGACAAAAAUAGUGGAAAAACUGCAAGAAUAA